CCUCCCUCCUCUCCCCUCUCCUCCUGUGGCGCUGGGGCCCCAAGUCUCUGAAAUCUAAGCGCGAGGCCCUUUCAAGGGCAGAUCUGGAACCCCUCGGCUCGAGACCCUGUUUUGCGGCGGCUUCUGACGCACCGCACGCCCCCUGCCUGCCACCACCAGCGCCGCGCCCUACGGACGAUGGCGCGCCUCAACGUAGCGGUCCUGGUCACCUCGUUGGCCACGCUGGCCCAGCGGGCGACCAGCGACCUGCCGGUGCAUUGCCUGCGGCACCAGGUAGAGGGCGAGUGGAAUUUCGUGCUCGGCGAGGCCUCCAGCAAGCGGUCGUCCUGCGGGCACGCGCAUCCGGACACGGAGGACGCACAGCCCUCUCGCGACGUGAUGAGGAACGGGACCUCGAGGCUCAUCGAGCUGCGCAGCCCGAACCUCGUCAGGACGAAGGAGGGCCAGCGCGGAACCUGGACGAUGGUGUACGACGAGGGCUUCGAGGUGAAGGUUGGCGACCACACCUUCUUCGCCUUCUCGAACUUCACUUUCCAGCGGGACGCGGUGACGCACGAGAAGAAGAACUUCUCGCACUGCGGCGACACCAUGGUGGGCUGGUUCCAUAACCUGGACCGCACCGAGUUCGGCUGCUACUUCGCGACGAAGGUGCAGCCGGAGGCCCCAGUUCCGCUGCCGGCCUCGAAGUCGGCGGCGUCGAGGUCGGCACAGGACAAGACGAUGACCCACACGGCCAUGACGCAGAAGGUGGCGAGGCUGAACGCCCGGCUCAACAUGCUGCAGCUCGGCUGGAAGGCGGGCGUCGUGAGGAAGUGGAUCGGGAAGACCGUGCGCGAGAUCAACGGCUACGCAGGGAUCCGGCGCCUGGCGCCGGCGCGCGAGCUCCACCGCGACAUGAUGCUGCAGGCCACCGCGGGGCGCAGGCACUCGCGCCCGAGCUUCCUGCAGCGCUCGCGCCCGGCCGCGCUGCCCUCGUCGUGGGACUGGAGUAACGCCACGGACGGCACGGACUGGCUGGAGCCCGUGAUGGACCAGAGCGACUGCGGCAGCUGCUACGCGGCCUCCACGAUGCGCAUGCUGAGCACCAGGCACAAGAUCCGGCAGAACAACGCCAGCGUGCUCCCCUGGUCGAUCAACAUGCCCCUCUUCUGCGGCGAGUACAACCAGGGCUGCAAGGGGGGCUACCCCUUCCUGAUGAGCAAGUGGUCCUCGGACGUGGGCCUGGUGCCCGCCACGUGCAUGCGCUACGACACCGCUGGCACCUGCAAGCUGGAGUGUGACCUGGACAAGCUGGAGGGCAAGCGGUACAGGGCGGACAACUACCGCUACGUCGGGUCCUUCUACGGGAACGCCAGCACCGAGGCCAUCAUGGAGGAGCUCUACCAUAACGGCCCCAUGGUCGUGAGUUUCGAGCCGGCCGAGGACUCGGAGGGCGCCAAUUUUACAUGUACACCAGAUCGGUGUAGUUAUACGCCUUCUUUACAAGAGGAGGGUGUAUAUACCAGUCCUGGUUUCAGAUUGGUGUAAGUGUAUGGUGUAUAGCUGUCACACUCCUGAGGACUUCAUGUACUACUCCGAUGGCGUCUACAAGUCCGAGGGCCUCCACAACCAGACCGAGAAGCCCGAGUGGGAGAAGGUCGACCACGCCGUGCUGCUCGUCGGCUACGGCGAGGACAAUGGCACCCCCUACUGGCGCAUCCAGAACAGCUGGGGCCCUGACUGGGGCGAGGACGGCUUCUUCCGCAUGCUGCGCGGCAAGGACGAGUCCGGCAUCGAGUCCAUCGCGGUGGCCGCCGAUGUCGUCGAGGACCCCCACAACGGGAGGCACGUCAAGGACUUCUUUGACAGCCUCGAGCAGAAGAAUAAGAAGAAGACCGCGUGAGCGGCGCCGCCUGCGGCGGGUUCCGCCGCAGAGCAUUGCCGUCGGCGCCCCCCCGCCCGCGCGUGAGCCAGACCAUGAGCUGGAGCGCCCGCGCGCGCGGCUGGGCGCGAAUCGUCUGUGAGCGCGACCGCAUCGGGGGACGCCAGCCGUUCAGACCUCGAUCGCCACAUGAAGUUCCCCG